AUGAAGGUCUUCGUAUCAAUCAAUUUGCAAUGUUGCCAUUCUUCCCGUUUCACAAUACCCGAACUCGGACCUGUCGGUGACCGCUCUGCCUGGACUGUACCGGCUUGGCUUCUGGCGGAGACUGGACGUCGAAAGCCGGUCUUUCGAAUGCAGACGCCAGUCAAGCACAUUCGGAUCAUCAGCGCGUCUCAGAACCGUUGUCAGCUCUCCAAAGGAAGACUCGAGGCAACGUCGGCUGCGGAAGGUGAGGCAAUACAGGACAGUUUGGUCAAAAGGGCCCUCCUCCCUGCACCUACUUCUACUUCCCCCUCCUUUGCUCGUCACUUCAUUGCUCAUUCUAUCUCCUCCGUCUCCUCCUCCUCUUUCUCCUCUCGUCUCCUCACUCCACCUACAGCUCCCUCAACAAGAUUUGAUACCGACUCGUGA